UCAUAACCGUAUUUUACGCACGUGGCGCAGACUCUGGGCACACACACAGAUUCAGUGGAGAACCCGUAUUGAUUUUUCUUCCAGAGCGCAUCCCGACCACUUGGACAGAAUGGGUGGGCUGGCAGGCAUCAAAUGACAUGAUAAAAUGCGACAGGGGCGCACGCCGUAUUGAGGCGCCAAGAUAAAAAAAUGCCUUGGUUGCUACUCGGAACAGCUGUCUUGGAACUGAUAUGCCUGGGCACAAUUGUAGACUCCGCGAUUAUUCAAAAGCGCCUCAUUGGAACGGCCUGCAACACAACGGCGCAAUGCCAGGCACUUCUGCCGAAAAGCCAAUGCAUAUAUUCAAGCUGCUUUUGUAUAGGUGGCCACUACUACAGCUGGAAAAACAACAGCUGCAUCCCACUCAUGCUCCUUGGUGAGAACUGCACACAUGACAACGAGUGCAGCUCCCACCUCAUGUGCAGCGCCCAGCGGUGCACCUGCAUGCCAGGGUACAAACAGGUCAAGGACUGGUGCGAACCCACACAGAUGCAAGAUGACACUGAGCGGUUUAUGGAGUUCCCACAGGAACAACCCAACCUCCUUGUUGUCAUACUUAAGGGGCUUGGAAUCAUUGCCCUCAAGGUGUCGCUCUUCUACCUACUGGCAAAAGUGAUGUGCUUCUCUUGCAAUCAUAUGGUGAGUCAGCAAGAAUAUACUGCUGGCGAAAUCUACAGACCACCAACCAAGCCCUGUUCACAGGAACAGCUGGCAGUUAGCAUGCCGUACCCCUCCACAAUUGCGACCGGUGCGCAAUACCAGGUGCCACUCUACAUAGACCAAACGGUGCAGUUCCCUAAGGAGCAGACACCCAACUACGCUGGAGAACAACCUACUACACCUCAGCCUGCUUUUCCAGCUUAAGCCCACAUGCAUACACUGUGCCAAGUUGCUCUUGCAUACCACUGCGCUGACGUUGAGGCAGGCUACCACUACAGCUACACUGCUGGUUAACCUCUUUCACUAAAGCUGUAUCACUUGAAAUCAUUCUACCAGCUGAGAAUGCAGACUUUUUGUCUUCCAAUUUGUGCUUCUUCGUGCUCUCAUCUAUAUGCAAGGCACCCAAUGAUUGUUGUCUGGAGAGAGAUAAAUGCACACGUAUGACAUGUAUAACAGCGCCACGCACAGUGUGCUAUUGUUGCGGUUGAUAAAUGAUCCAAAGUUUCAUGCCAGGGCUGAAUAGUAAUAAUUGUGGUUCCACAUAUUGAAACAGCACUGUGAACUGUGGUGGACUGUGGAGGUCUCCAAAUUAAUUUCAACUGCAUAAGUUUGAUUCUGCUGAUUCAUGGGAUUUGACGUCACAUGUGAGAGUCGUAGUGAGGGGCUGAAAAUUAAUUUUAACCUGGGAGUUUUGUUAAGCGUACCUAAAAGCAUGUUGCACUAGUGCUGUUGCAUUGCACACCUAUCGCUAUGUAGCCACUGUUGCUAAGAACUGAACCUGCUACAUAACGUGCUCAGAAGAAGAAUGCCAAAGCCUGGCACUGAGCCACCAUGGUGGGUCUACCUGGUGGGGUAUUCUGUAAGAGUCCACCUAGUGGACUGUCCAUUUCGGCUGUCGUUGAUUGGCUCCAGCUGCACGAGUGAGAUGGAGCCAGCUAGUCUCCUUCUCGCUUGUGCAGCUGGAGCCAAUCGGUGACAGCCGAAAUGGACAGUCCACUAGGUGGAUUCUUAAAGAAUACCUCCCCUGCCCUCAGUAUUUCUUUAUCUAAGCACAUGAGCGUUUUUGCAUUUUGCUUUUAUUGUAAUGCGCCAACUACAACCAUGAGCCAAGCCCUCAUGUUCAGCUGCAGAAGUUGGAUUUAUAGGUAAUUGAAUAUAUACAAUAAAAAUUUUAUACAAAAAUUUCCAAGGGGAUUUUACUGCUGUUCGUUAUACACAAUUUGUUAUGUGGGUUCGACUGUAUUAGGCGUUAUCUGCAUAUGUGGACUACCAGGAAAAAGAAGCCGCACUCACUCAUUAGAGAGAAAAAUAAAGUGCCACAAGAUUAAAGCACAAAUAAUAGUGCAGUCCCACAAAUUUGGUCACUGGCAAUUUUUUUUUAAAGAAAAGUGAACAUUUAGUUGGACUUUGCAAGUAUGGAUAGUUGAAUAAAUUACAUUAAAUAAAGCAUUGCUGAUAAGCAUUACAUUAAAUAAAAGCAUUGCCAACAAGCAAAGCCCUCUUUCACUACCUAUCAAGCUUGUAUGAUAUCACUUUUUACAUUCUGUACUUUCAUGCUGGCAUUUUGUAAAGUAACUCUUUUGACUUUACUUAAAUAUGUUUUGCACUCAUCUUUGUAAACCUCAACAGAAAAGGAAAAAUAAACAAAGAAAAAGAAUCUAUACUUUGCUGUAGUGUGUUGAUUAACAAAUGUAGUCGUGCAGUUGUGCGGACAAAAUAUUUAUUUAGGAAUAGAGCCUCGGACGUCGUCACACCCAAUGGAAAGCCUAGCACACACCAUUGCUAUGCAACUUGGGGAG